AUGAGAGAGUUUUGGAGGUUUUUGUGUGAGGUCCACAUGAUGUGCAUAUGUGCAUUAACAAUAAAGAUGAGAUUGGGGUAUAAGUGGGGAACAGUGCUUUUUAUCCUUCUCAUGCUGUUAAAACCAGAGGUUUUUGUUAGGGAUUGUGGGGAGCAAAGAGCUGUGUUUCCUUGGAUUCUAUAUGCUUCUAAGGAUUUGAGUGGGAGUUGGGUGUUAAAUGAUACUGAUGUUAGUCAAUACAUGAUUUGGCCCAUCAAAGCCAACGCCCAUUUCUUAGUGUCGGAGUAUAGUGGUGAUCACAGUUCUUGUGUGUGGGCACGAUCACAUGAUGACCUUUUUCAACAAAACACAUUGGAUCAUAAAUCAUCAUUGAAGAGGGGAGUUCUUGAUGGGUUUGAGAUUAUUGUAGACCCAGUGAAAGUCCCGAACCUUCUCUUCUACAAAGGCGAAAUGGGUGGUGAUUUUACCCAAAAUCAAUCAAAUGGAAUCUGGAAAGCUGUUCAAGCUUUCUUUUCUGCUAUGAAUAUGAAGCUAGCCAAGCAUUGA